UCGAAAUUGAGGGGGACUUUUGCAAUUAGUCGCGGGAAACCAUAUACCCCACCAAAAUCCCGGACAUCGUCGAAUUUCCCCUUCAGCAUCGAACUGAAAAUGGCCGCCGGCACGGUGGUGGUGCUCGACAACGGUGGCAGUCUCAUAAAGGCGGGCGUCGCCGGGGAGCUUGACCCCGCUGUCGUCCUCCCCAACUGCCUCGUCCGGCCGCUCUCCUCCAAGAAGUUUGUUCCCCCGGAGCCUCUGCCGUCCCCCACCAGUUCUGCCGCAGCUACCUCCUCCAUGGACCUCACCUCCGCCGCGGUCCGCCGCCCCAUCGACCGCGGCCACCUUAUCAACCCGGACCUCCAGCGAGAAAUCUGGUCCCACAUCUUCUCCACCCACCUCCGGCACGUGAGCCCUGCCUCCUCCUCCCUCCUCCUGACCCUCCCGCUGCUCACACUCCCCUCCAUCAAACGCGACACCCUCUCCCUCGUCUUCGAGGACUUCAACUUCAAGUCCCUUUGCAUCUCCGAUUCUCCGUCGCUUGUCCACCUCUACGAGGCCAGCGUCCGGCCGUCGGGCCUCGCCUCCAAGACCCAGUGCAGCCUCGUCGUCGACUGCGGGUUCUCGUUUACCCACGUAGCUCCCGUCUUUCAGAACUUCACCCUCAAUUAUGGGGUCAAGAGGAUUGACUUGGGAGGGAAGGCGUUGACCAACUACCUGAAGGAAAUGGUGUCUUACAGGGCCAUUAAUGUCAUGGACGAGAGCUUCAUCAUGGAUGAUGUGAAGGAGAAGCUCUGCUUUGUCUCCCUUGACGUCGAGCGUGAUUUGCAGCUCGCCAAGAAGCCAGGAAAGGACAAUCCCUUCAGGAGCACUUAUGUACUUCCUGAUGGAGUCACCCACACAAAGGGAUUUGUCAAGGACCCGGAAGAAGCAAAACGGUAUCUAACACUUAUGAACGGAUCAGGGGCGAAGAAUCACAACAAGCCGGAGGAAAUGGAGAAGCUGGAAGAUAGGAAAAGGAUCGACCUAACCAAAAAUGAGUUUGACUUGAUGAAUGAGCGCUUCAUAGUCCCAGAGAUGAUUUUCCGACCUUCAGAUUUGGGGAUGAAUGAGGCAGGACUAGCAGAGUGCAUCGUUCGAUCUGUCAAUUCCUGCCAUCCACUUCUUCAUCCUGUGCUUUAUGAAAGCAUUAUAUUAACUGGUGGAAGCACCCUCUUCCCGUGGUUUGUUGAUAGAUUAGAGAAGGAGCUCCGGCCUCUUGUUCCCGACUACUACCAAGUUAAGAUAACAACUCAAGAAGAGUGUUUGGAGAGGGGGAUCACUAUUGGCUUCAAGCCCAGAUUUCGAAUCAAUGUGUGUCACCAAAGCGGAGUAUGAGGAACUUGGAUCUGCUCGGUGCUGCAAAAGAUUCUUUCGCUGAGCUUGGAAUCUCGAUGGUCCAUUCCAACUGUCUAGAAAGCAUCAUGAAGGUUGCUGGAUAUUUGAAUAGUGGUUCUUGCUGAUAUUCAGUGAAGAUACAGCUAAGUUUUUCAAGCAGAGCAAUCCAUUCAUGGCGUUAUUGGAUCAGAGUGAGGGGGGCUUCCAGUGCUGAUUCUGUGGAAAUACCCAAUUAAACUCUGAUCCCAUGACGGUUCUCUUGAAGAGGAGAUAAUGUUUGUUUAAGACGAAGUCCGAGUGGACAAAGCUCAUAUCAAGCAUUAGAACUUCGUUGAGUCAUUCGUGUUCAACUGGUUUAGUCAGAAUUGUAACAUGUAAGGUUGCAACUUGCUUGUAUAUGUAACAGCUUUUGCUUGAUCUUCGGUCCUAACCCUGACCUGUAGACAAAUAUGGAGGUCAGCUCUUUGUAAGAGCUUUCAGGGUAAAGAUCGACGGGACACCCCUGACGCCUUGAAAUUGGAUCUGUCGUUGACACA